GCGGAGAACUGGAGUAUUCAUCCAUCCAUUGUACACUUUAAGAGCGGGCUUACAAUUAACACGUGUUCCACCCGUGUCGGAAUUACUUCAGGUUGCUUCGAUUACUCAGGUUAGGUUGGCUGUUUUACCGUCAGGUCUUUGAUUAAUACGAUUUCCGGAUUUUGAAUAAAUAAAUCGUAUCAGCACUCAGGAUCCAAUCGCUGGAUUUUCCAAAAUGUUCUGGGAUUUACCUACUUGAAUUAACGAAGACCAUAUGGUGAUCUAAAACAAUAUUUAUAAAAUUUCAAUCAUUCCUUGUUUGAGCUGAAUUUCAAGUCCCUUGUCAUUUUACCCUAUCAAUCGGACUUUCAAUGGAUAAACUGGCAGAUACGCUUCAACGUGAUCUCAACAAAUUGCAAACUAACUAUCAGAAAUCAGUUGAAGAAGCCUUAGGUAUUCUAGAUACUGGAUAUCUACGUAAAAUACAGGCGAAUUUCUUUCGUUGCGGUUUAAAAUGCUGUGAAAACACUAGUGCACCGGUUGAUGAAGUACAGCGGUGCAUACAACGAUGUGAAACUCCUUUGAGUCGAGCACAUGAAUUAAUGCAAUCAGAAGUUGACAUGUUUCAGACAAGAACACAACAAUGUGCUGCUGAAUGUGCUAAUCGAGCACGUGAUAAACUAACCACAGAUGCAAGUGAAUCUCAAAUGAAAGCUGCUCAACGUGAAGUAAUCACCUGCUCUCAAGCCUGUGUAGAUAAUCAAUUGUCAAGUGGACUACCAGCUCUUAUUACUCGGCUGAAAGAACAACUGCAAAAGUUGAAGCAGGAUGAAGUUGGAGUUGUUAGUUGAUACAUACAUUGAUAUAAAUAUAUUAGUGUGUAAAUAGCAUUACUCUUGAUUGAUUAGCUACCGUACAAAUACAUCCUUUUUUUAAACAUACCAAAA